AUGGCGCCCUCCCUAGAAGAGCCAGUACAGGUCGAUUUCGAAGCGCCACUCAAGGCUGCGCCGAAACUCGUUGCGCCUGAGCCAGAACACUGUCCUGGUCCCGAAUCCCUCACAGCCGGUCAAGCAGAUUCAUGCGCAGGAUGUCCCAACCAGUCAAUAUGCGCCUCCGCACCCAAGGGCCCCGAUCCCGACAUACCCAUCAUAACCGCACGCCUCUCCUCGGUGAAGCACAAGAUCCUCGUCCUCUCCGGUAAAGGCGGCGUCGGAAAGUCGACCUUCAGCACAAUGCUAUCACAUGGCUUCGCAUCGAAUCCGUCAUCGACGGUCGGGCUCAUGGACACAGACAUCUGCGGACCCAGCAUACCAAAGAUGAUGGGUGUGGAAGAAGAGACAAUACACGUCAGCGGAGAAGGAUGGGAACCGGUAUGGGUCAGCGAGAACCUCGGAGUCAUGAGCGUACAGUUCAUGCUACCAAACCGCGACGAUGCAGUAAUAUGGCGAGGCGCAAAGAAGAACGGUCUCAUCAAGAAAUUCCUCAUGGACGUAACUUGGGGGGAACUGGACUUUCUGAUCGUCGACACACCACCGGGCACAUCCGACGAACAUCUCUCUGUAAACUCGUUCCUCAAAGCCAGCGGCGUCGAUGGCGCGGUCCUCGUUUCCACACCCCAAGAAGUCUCGCUUCUCGAUGUUAGGAAAGAGAUUGAUUUUUGCCGGAAAGCCGGCAUACCUAUACUGGGCAUCGUUGAGAAUAUGAGCGGUUUUGUGUGCCCGGGUUGCAAACAUGAGUCUCAGAUAUUCAGAGCGAGUACGGGUGGUGCAGCAAGGCUGGCUAAGGAUCAAAAUAUACCCUUCUUGGGCAAGGUACCACUGGACCCGAGGAUAGGCAUGGCAUGCGAUUUUGGGGAGAGUUUCUUAACAGCGUACCCGGACAGUCCGGCAUGUGCUGCUAUCAAAGAGGUUGUCAGGAGAGUUGGGGAGGAGAUUGGGCUGAAUAGGGAAGAGGUGCUGCCUGUGGAUGAAGAGGAAGUCUGAUAUUGUCAAACACUAAUGAGGUUUGUUUAUGAAUAGGGAUUAUUGAUAUUGUAAAUUGAGCAGCAUAAAUAGUGUUACGCAUCAGCAUAUACUCGUGGACGAACCCGCUUGUCGCCAAUAGCACACACGAUCACAUGAUACAGAGUCCCUCAGUCGGCCCGUGGCAGAAACGUAAAAACUUACGAAGACGGUUGACGCAAGCAUCGCAGAUCACCACAAUGGACUCACUGGAACAUGACAUACAAAAGAACACAAGAGAUAGAGUGAUACGAAUUAGGGGUAUCUUCUCGUUUUGUGUUUUCAUGAGGCGAUGCCAAUGCAGACUUGCGGUACUGUAAUGCUACCUGAUGGAAACCACACUCGUGAACAAGCAUAGCCACUUGACCCCUCUUGUCACCGUCAUCCACUGCCACAAUGGCGCCGCCCCGUUGGAUCUUCGUGUGGCAGAUU